UUUCUUCUUUCCUUCUUUCUUAUGGAAAUUGUUUAAAAAGUUUGAAGGCCAUGAACAAGAUAAAGUAGGAUAGUGGUGGUCCAUACAGAAUUUUCCGAGAGGAACAAGGAUUUCAAACCAGAGGAACACCAAUAUUUCGAAAACUUAUGAGAAUCUAUUGUCAUGUUCACGCUAACAGCAGAAUCACCAUGGGCUCAGACCAUGUCUCUGCUCGAAAACUGUUCCACCAUGAAGCACCUGAAGCAGAUCCACGCUCAAAUGAUCAAGACAGAGACGGCCACAGACCCCAAAUUAGCCACCAAGCUUCUAACGCUCUGCAGCACACCUCAUUUCGGAAAUCUCCAUUACGCGCAAAUGGUUUUCAAUGGAAUCACCAGGCCCACCACUUUCAUGUGGAACGCCAUCAUUAGAGCGUACUCAGACAGUAACGAACCAAAAAUAGCGUUUCUCUUAUAUUGUCAGAUGCUUUCUUCUUCCGUGCCGCCCAAUUCUCACACCUUCCCUUUCUUGCUCAAAUCGUGCCGCGAUUUGUCUGCCAUGGGGGAGGCCCUUCAGGUCCACGGACUGAUUGUGAAAUUGGGAUUUGGGUCGGAUGUUUUCGCCAUGAAUUCUCUGAUUCGUGCUUAUACGUUAUGUGGUGACAUUCAGUAUGCACGCCAACUGUUUGAUCAUAUUCCUGAACGAGAUGUCGUUUCUUGGAACACGAUGGUUGAUGGGUAUAUCAAAUUUGGGGACGUAAAAUCAGCGUAUGGGGUUUUCUUGGAGAUGCCGUUGAAGAAUGUUGUCUCGUGGACGUCGAUGAUCUCGGGGCUAGUUGAGGCAGGACUGGGCGUGGAAGCUUUGGAACUUUGCUGCGAAAUGCAGAGGGCGGGAUUUGAACUUGAUGCGGUUGCUGUUGCGAGUAUGCUCACUGCUUGUGCAAAUCUUGGAGCGUUGGAGCAAGGAAGAUGGCUCCAUUUCUAUGUACUCAACAAUGGAGUCCAUCUUGAUCGAGUCAUUGCCUGUGCUCUAGUAAAUAUGUACGUAAAAUGCGGCGACUUGGAAGAAGCCUUGCAGGUUUUUGCGGAGUUGAAGGCCUCUUUGAAAGAUGUCCAUGUAUGGACGGCCAUGAUUGAAGGUUUUGCUAUUAAUGGGCGUGGAGUGGAAGCACUGGAAUGGUUCAACAAAAUGCAGAGAGAAGGAACAAGACCAAAUUCCAUCACUUUCACUGCAAUUCUGACGGCCUGCAGCUACGGAGGAUUGGUUGAAGAGGGAAAAUCUUUAUUCAAGAGCAUGAAAAGUCUCUAUAACUUGAGUCCAUGUAUUGAGCAUUACGGGUGCAUGGUUGAUCUUCUGGGUCGAGCCGGGCUGUUGCAGGAAGCGAAGGAGUUGAUCGAGAUGAUGCCGAUGAAACCGAAUGCUGUGAUAUGGGGAGCUCUACUGAAGGCUUGUCAGAUUCAUGGGGAUUUUUUUCUUGCUGGCCAAAUUGGAACCCAUUUGGUGGAAGUUGAUUCAGAUCACAGCGGGCGGUACAUUCAAUUGGCAACCAUCUUGGCUGCAGAAGGUAAAUGGAAAGAAGCAGCUGAAUUGAGGUUGAAGAUGAAGAAGCUGAGGGUCCUAAUUCCUCCGGGAAAGAGUUUGAUAACUUUAGAUGGCGUUGUUCAUGAAUUUCUAGCUGGGCAUCAAGAUCAUCCACAGAUGAAGCAGAUUCACCAGAAGUUGAACCAGGUUGCAGAGAGAUUACGCAAAGAAGGGUACAAACCUGUGACUAAAGAUUUAUGGCUUGAUCUUGAGAAUGAUGAGAAAGAGACAGUGAUGGCGCAGCACAGUGAGAAGCUGGCGAUUGCAUUCGGAUUGAUCAAUAUGAAACCAGGAACGACGAUUCGAGUUGUUAAGAAUCUAAGGGUAUGUGGAGAUUGCCAUGACGUUGCGAAGCUCGUAUCUAGGAUCUAUAAAAGAGACAUUGUAAUGCGGGAUAGAGUUCGUUUCCACCAUUUUAGAGAUGGGAGAUGUUCUUGCAGAGAUUACUGGUAGAGGGGCAAGAUUUAUAUGUCCAUGUUGAUGAUAUUCUUUUGUCACUUUCAAAGAUUGUUUAUGCACAAUCAAAUUCUAACUUCAGAAUGUGUAAUAUAACAUAUUAUGUAUUCUUGUUAAUAUUAAAUGAUUUAUAGUCGCAAUGUUCAAUCUCA